CCGCUAGAUGGAAGCACAUUAACAAAUUUAUUCUUCUCUCUGAUUGGUCGAAUUGGUUUUCGAAAUCUUUACAGGAUUAUUUUGUCAACCGAAAAAAACAUUGGUAAAAAUGGCUACCUGUUGACCGGAAUUCGGACAUUUUGUCUCGUAAUUAGUUUUUUAAUGAUUUUUAUCUUGUGAUUUGCCUCUUCUCCUGUCUCGUGUCUCUUCGCCUUCCUCUGUGUGCCAUAUAGAUUAUCUUUUCCGUGUUAACUGUGCCUUUAGAAUAAGUUAUUGUGAUUAAAUGGAUCCUCUCUCAUCUUCAAUUUGUGUUCUUGAUAAUAGCAUUGAACUAGUUGACGAGCUUACCAAUUUUUUAAGCUCUACGACCAAUAUAACUACGAAAUCGUUGCUCACUUCUGAUGACGAGAAAAUUGCAACAUUUUUAAGAAUCCGACCAAUAGAUAAUUUUACGAUUGAAGAAUCACCUUAUAAGAUAAUAGACUCUAAUAAAAUUUACAUCGACGAGAAAAUCUCUUCCAAUUGUGGUAGUGCCAAAAAAAUUAAUACAACUCGGAAAGUGUAUAAUUUUACUGAGAUUCUGGAUGAAUCAGUUAAUCAGUUGAAUGUUUUCUCUAAAUGUUGUUUACCUCUGGUUGAAGAUGUUCUUGAUGGAGUUAAUGGAAUUCUCUUUUGUUAUGGAACAACUUCAAGUGGAAAAUCGUUCACCAUGAGAGGACCUCACGAAGAUCCAACAGUUAAUCCUGGACUGAUUCCAUUGUCACUGAAGAAAAUUUUCUUCUCCCGUAAAUUUAUCGAUGAACCUCUACUUGCCAAAUCAAAGUUCUGUGAUAUGACUCUGGUUGAUCAAAAAACUCAAGACCUCGAGAAACAAUACAAAGAUUCAAUCCUUGCCAGUCGAUGUUGUCGUAAUGUGAUUUAUGCCGAUGUCUCCAAUAAUAAUAUUAGUUUUAAUGAGGAUGGUUAUCAGUAUAUUUGUUAUCUAUCGUAUUUUGAAAUUUACAAUGAAUUUGUUUAUGACUUAUUGAAUUCCUCUGGUGGUCGAGGCACAGCUUUAUCUUUAUCGACUGAUGAAAAAAAUCGUUAUUAUGUUAAAGAUUUAAGAUCAGUUAUGGUUUCAUCCCUUACGGAAGCUCUAAAAAUCUACUCUUACGGAUGGACAAAUCUACAAAGAAACAUCCAAACUACUGGACUGAACCAAAACUCUAGUAGAAGUCACUCAUUUCUUUGUAUCACUCUGAUUAAGUUCAGAGAAGAUGAAGGAAAAAUAUUGGAGCCUCAAGUUUCACAUUUGACACUUGGUGAUCUCGCUGGAUCGGAGAGACAGAAAAAAACUAACACCGAAGGGUGUAGAACCAAAGAAGGAGGUAGAAUAAACAAUUCACUGAUGAAUUUGUCAAAGUGUAUCAGGAUUUUAAGAAACAAUCAAAAAAACUCCAAGCAAGAGAUAGUCCCUUUUCGGGACUCUAGUUUAACCAAAUUCUUACAGCCUUAUUUUAUUGGUGUUGGAAAGGCUGCAAUUAUUUGUAACAUAAAUCCAGCAGCUAACUUAGUCGGCGAAACUAGGACCAUCCUAGAAUUUUGCGGAAAUGUUAGUCAAAUAAACACUAACACUUUACAAUCUAAAUCGAGGUUUUCAACUUACAGUAUUCCCGAAGAAAGGUCCCCGUUAGAAGACAUCAGUUAUUUUCAAAACAAAACGAAUUUAGAUGAAUUAAAUCGUCUCUACGCCAAAAACACCGAAUUAAAGAAUAGGCUUGAUGAACUGGAAAAAGAAAACGCCGAAUUAAAACUUAGAGACUCGGAGAAGGUAGAAGUUGCAAGAAAAGCAUCUAUUGCAACUUCGUUAGGAAUAACUUUGGCACAUGAAACAUCAAUCCAGUCGAUAUCGUCCUGUUUCCAUACACAGGAAGAAUUAUCACAAUUUAAUCAAACGUACACAAUGACCAAGGAACAAUAUAAGGCACGAUGUAAUCGAUGGCGAAAGUCUAAAAAGCGUGUACCAGAACCAGAGCCAUUAAAAAAAUACAAAGCUUGUACCAUCAAAAAUUGUCCAUACAUCGUAUCAGAAGAAAAUCACAAUUUUUAUCUACAUAAAAAACACCAUAAGGUUGAUGUUCUUAAACACAAAGCCGUGCAAUUGACCGAGGAACAAUAUAAGGCACGAUGUAAUCAAUGGCUAAAGUCUUCUAGGCAAUCAUUAAAAAAAUACAAAGCUUGUACCAUCAAAAAUUGUCCAUACAUCGUAUCAGAAAAAAAUCGCAAUUUCUAUCUACAUAAAAAACACCAUAAGGUUGAAGUUCUUAAACACAAAGCCGUGCAAUUGACCGAGGAACAAUAUAAGGCACGAUGUAAUCAAUGGCGAAAGUCUAAAAAGCGUGUACCAGAACCAGAAUCAUCUUCAGAGAAUUAAACAGAAAUAGUUGCACAAAAAAGCGAUCACACAAUCAAUAAGUAAAACAGAAAUGAAUCAAAACAAUGACAAGUUCAUUUCUUUGUAUUCAAAGGAUUAGUAUUGAUUGUUAACCCGCUCAAGAGAUUAACAACUAACUCCAUCUUUUGGUGAAAAGAAUUUUUGUUUUUAAAGUUUUUGUUUCUAUAAGCACAAUUGUAUCUUAACGGUCAAUAAUAUUGACUCAAUAUGACAAGAAUCUUGUCACAAAAUAAUGGAACUAAUUUUUUAAAUUUAUGUACAUUAGCCACUAAUUAUUAGGAUCUUAUUUAAGUCUCCGUAUAUCCAUUGAUUGGUGAUGAGCACAUAUUCGAGCAAUAAAAUGAAAUCUCACAGAAAAGUGUGAAAUAAGUUAACCAAGGAAA